GGUCCUCGUGUGUGGCCAGAGCAGCGUUUUCCGGGUGUCAGUGUGUGGGCAGCCGCAACAACUUCCGGGUCUCAGUGUGUGGGCAGCCGCAGCAACUUCCGGGUGUCAGUGUGUGGGCAGCCACAGCGGAUUUAGCAGCUGACUGAAAGUCUGACCCAGCACCGGCGCGCCCUGCACCCCUGACGUGGACUGUUACACGCAGGCAGAAUUCCUGCCUCCCAGGGUCUGACGAAUGUCAGUUCUUCUGCAGCCAUGGCAGAGAAGAAACCUGGAGAGGAGGCGCGGGAAGACCGCAUGCUACAUCCCGCCGCCUGCACCUCCACAGCCGCCAAGAACCUCGCCAUCCUCAAGGAGCGCUCCUUCGACAUCAACUUUGAAGUGGGUGACGAAUAUGAGAUCAUUGAGACGAUUGGAACCGGGGCCUAUGGCGUGGUGUCAUCUGCUCGGAGGAAGGACUCCGGCCAGAAGGUCGCCAUUAAGAAAAUCCCCAACGCCUUCGAUAUGGUGACCAACGCCAAGCGUACUCUGCGGGAGCUGAAGAUCCUGAAGCAUUUCAAGCACGACAACGUCAUCGCCAUUAAAGACAUCCUAAAGCCAUCCACGCCUUACUCCGAAUUCCGAUCUGUGUACGUGGUUCUAGACCUCAUGGAGAGCGACCUCCACCAGAUCAUCCACUCCUCGCAGCCCCUCACCCUGGAACACGCCCGCUACUUCCUGUAUCAGCUGCUGCGAGGGCUGAAAUACAUACACUCCGCCAACGUCCUCCACCGAGAUCUGAAGCCGAGCAACCUCCUCAUCAAUGAGAACUGCGAGCUGAAGAUCGGGGACUUCGGGAUGGCAAGGGGGCUCUGCACUAAGCCGGACGAGUACAAGUAUUUUAUGACGGAGUACGUGGCCACGCGGUGGUACAGAGCCCCGGAGCUGAUGCUGUCACUGCACGAGUACACUCAGGCCAUCGAUAUGUGGUCCGUGGGCUGCAUAUUUGCUGAAAUGCUGGGGCGCAAGCAGCUCUUCCCUGGCAAGAACUACAUACACCAGCUGCAGCUUAUUAUGACGGUGCUGGGUACGCCGUCUAGUCAGGUAAUCCGGGCGAUCGGAGCAGAGAGAGUCCGAGCCUACAUCCAAAGCCUGCCCUCUCGCCAGCCAAUACCGUGGACUGACCUUUACCCACAAGGAGACCGGAAAUCCCUGGAUCUCUUGUCCAAAAUGUUGCGGUUUGAUCCAUGUGAACGGAUCUCCGUACGGGAAGCCCUCCGACACCCUUUUCUGUCCAAGUACCAUGACCCGGACGAUGAGCCAGAAUGUGUCCCAGCCUUUGACUUUGACUUCGACAAGAGGGUUCUCACUAAGGAACAGAUCAAAGAGGCCAUUGUGGCUGAGAUAGACGGUUUCCACCGCAGGAGGGAGGGCUUUCGGCGGCAGAUCAGCUUUAAACCUGCCUUGAAGCCGGCCGUGGAGGGCCCGGCUACGGGCAGCGUCAUCCGGGAAGAUGACUUCCAGUCACCACCGCUGCCGCCGCCCUCUCAGGAAUUAGAUGUGGACAUGCCCAGUGCCAACUCGGCCAGAGAAAGGGUGGACUUUCCCAUGGAAUCACCGAGAGUUCAGGAGAAACCAGAAACCAUUGACCUGACCUCUCCGGUGGAGAGCGGGGAAAGCGUGACGCAGCGGGAGGAGGUCAAGGAGGAGGCGCCGAUAAUCAAAGCAGACCCGGAGCCUGUGCCAAAGAAAGAGGGCACUAUAUCAAAUGGCACUAAGGAGGCAUUAAUAGCUGCCCUGCUGCGGAAUAAAUCCAAAGAUGCUCCCUGCUCUGUUCCGGAGACACCUGACAUGAAGAAGCCGAUUACGGCACAGGAGCGGCAGCGGGCGCGUGAGGAAAAGAGGAAGAGGCGCCAGGAGCGUGCCAGGGAGAAAGAGAAGAAGCAGAAGGAGAAGGAGCGGCGAGAGGUGAAGAAGGCAGAAGGAUUUGGAGGUCUGGUUUUGAGUGAGAACGACAAGAAUCUCCUGGAGCGCUGGACACGAAUGAUUGACCAGACGCAGCUGCCACCGCAGCCUCCUGCCAGCCAAAACCCAACAUUGCCAAAGCCAGCAGCGUGUCAGGAUGUCUGCUCCGUCGCCCAGCCUCUUCCCCCGCAGACGCUGUUCGCUGUGGCAAGCCUCAGCCCAAUACCUGAGGUUGGAAACCAGAAGAACGGAACUAUUACUGCCCCCUCUGUAGCACCUAGUAUCCAGUUCAUGCCCAGGUGCUUAAACCCCUGCCCUGUACCCAACCUGCUGCACUACGUCCCUCCUGCCCCUACCACCUUCCAGAUUGGCCCUGUGGUGCUGGCUCCCCACAUGAAACAGGUGACCCCUCCAGUCGCUGCCCAGCUUCCAUCAGAUAUCAAAUUCAUUGCUAGAGGGCAAGUCCUCCCCGGUCCUAUCCCCACUCCUGCCAGGCUCAACCCAACCUGGAACCGUGGAGGACCCCAAGAAAGCUGGCCUGCACCAGAUACAGGGGAUGGGAAGAGGUCCUCUGUCCCUGUGGACCCAGCCCUCUUCCUCCGCAACUCCAACACCGACCUGGGGCAGCCUCUGCAAGUUCCUGCACUGCCGUUUCCCAGUGGGGCCGGGUGCCACAUUCAAGAUGAUCACAAGUUGCAAGACCUUACACCCCUCCCACCCACCACCUUCAGCGCGCCAGACGCUUCCACUUCUAUCUCCCCAGACAUCAACCUGGUGACACAGCAGCUCUCGAAGUCACAGGUUGAGGAUGUCCUCCCCCCAGUCUUCUCCGUCACCCCCAAAGGAAGCGGCGCUGGCUAUGGUGUGGGCUUUGACCUAGAGGAGUUCCUGAACCAGUCCUUUGAUAUGGCAUCUGAGAGCCGCGAAAGCCUCGUGGACUCUGCUCCUCUUUCCGCGUCUCUCUUGGCCGACUGGCUGGAAGUCCACCGUAUGAAUCCCGCAGACAUGGCCUCCCUUCAGGAGGACCUGCAGCUGGGCUCCCCCAUGAUCCUGUCCGACAUUCCGGACCUCCAGGACGGCUGAGGAAGCUUCAGAGGGUAGAAGGUGGAGAAUGAAGGAACAUUGCUCUGCUUCUGUAUAUGCAGCGCUGUCUCGCGCUACCAGACGCAACGUUGGGAGGUGUCAAUGUUUAGACUGAUAAUGACCGAGAAACAGGAAUGAUAGGACACAGCCGCUGUCCUGUAUCAGGAACCGAUACGUCUCAUUACUACACAUAGACUGGAGAGAUCUGCUCCGCACGCAUAGUCCUGCGCAGCGCACAGCCGCUGUCCUGUACCAGGAACUGUGUAGUAUUUCCUGGGCACACAGCUUUCGGUGCCAUUACCCGUGAUGUCCCAAUGACUUGCCAGUAUUAUGCACUUUUCUUGCCAAGGACGGAACCAAUAAUUUGUUAUUGUGCAUGAACCAAUACAUUACUGCCAGAUUAAUAAUCCUGAGUGGAAGGCCGAGCAGUGGACCUGGGGAGGUCGAGGGUUAGCAGUCCUGAGGAGUGAGAGGAUAAUGGACGGGGUGCGGCGGCCCCGGGACUGCAAGGCCUCAUGGGAGAGCUAUAUUGCGCGUGCGCACACGUAGCUAUUCCAGCGCCAGAGGUGCUCCUGUUUCUAACGCUGCAGUUUUCCACUUACUGUUAAUAAAAUUAUUUUUAUUUAUUUA